GACCGAGCUAGUUUAUCAGCAAGUUGUAAGAAAUGGAGGGUUCUUGGUAACUCCCCGUGUUUGUGGACUUCUUUGGAUCUUCGUUCGCACAAAUUCGAUGUCAAUGUUGCAUCUUCACUUGCUUCUAGAUGUGUGCAUCUACAAAAGCUUAGGUUUGGUGUUACUGGUACAAAGGCUGCUGAAGCACUACCUCAUCUUCGAGCUAAGAACUUGCGCGAAUUAAGCGUUGAAAUUUGGGACGCCGAUAUAGAGGCUGCUUUCAUUGUUGCCCGGCAUGAGUUACUCCAGAGUCUUCAGUUUGGACAAGAUCUUUUUGGCUACAAUAGUAUUACUAGUGAUGGUAUAAUAGCAAUAGCUCGCGGCUGUCCUAGUUUGAAUCAACUCAGGCUCGCAGGCAUUGUGGAUGUAAAUGCUGAUGCUAUUAAUGCAUUGGCUACCUAUUGUCCAAAGUUGACUGAUAUCGGGUUCAUCGACUGCGAGAGUGUUGACGAGCUUGCAUUGGGAAAUGUGCAAUCGGUUCGUUUCCUUUCUGUUGCGGGGACAUUAAGUAUGAAUUGGAGUGUGGUUUCACAUCUUUGGCAUAAGCUUCCUAACCUGACUGGAUUAGAUGUUUCUGGAACCGAUAUUGGUCCGUCUGCUGUUCCAAGAUUGUUAUCCUUAUCACUAAAUUUGAAGAUUUUGAUUGCUUUGAGUUGUCGUAUCCUCGAAGAAGAGACUAGCUUUUCUGCUAGUAAAUAUAAAAACAAGUUGUUGAUUUCCCUAUCCACGGAUAUUUUUAAAGGACUGGGUUCUUUAUUUUUCGAUAAUACAAAUAGAGGAAAUAAUGUGUUUUUAGACUGGAGGACUUCAAAGAGUAAUAAUGAUGAGGGUGUUGAUGAAAUUAUACCUUGGCUUGAACGGAUGCUAUCAUAUAAUUUUUUUGUUCUGCUGCUGAGAGCCCUCAACAGGGAGAGUUCUCAAGAGGAUGUUCAGGAGAUGGCAGCCACAGGCCUUGCAACCUUUGUUCUAAUGGAUGAUAGCAUUAAUUGUGGAAGGGCUGAAGCAGUUAUACGAUAUGGUGGUAUACGCCUCCUUCUUGGCCUUGCGAAAUCUUACAGGGAAGGGCUUCAGUUGGAGGCAGCUGAAGCUAUUGCGAGGUUGUCCACAAGUGCUAAUGUGGCGAAGGCGAUUGUAGAAGAGGGUGGGAUUGAAAUUCUCAUUAGUUUGGCUAGGUCAAUGAACAAACUGGUGGCCGAAAAAGCUGCUAGAGGAUUAUGGAAUAUCUCUAUGAGAAGAGCACAAGGGUGCAAUUGCUGA